AUGGCCUUCGCUGCAAGCCGCGGGAGCCGCUUCGAGCUUCCUCCCAUGGGAGACGGAACGCGCACGCGGGCGCGAUCCACACCGCGUGCCCUCAGCGUCGGCUCGCUGAGCCAGCUCCUUGGGACUGGAGUUUCCUUGCGGGAGCGCAGGAAGCUGCUUCCCACCUUGCUUGGCUCGACGUCCUGCGUGGGCCCGGCCUCCACCAAGAACUCCAGACGUUCUCCAGUGGCACAGGCGAAAACCUUCGUCAUCACGGGGAAUCCCGAAUGUGCCAACUUAGAGGUCGUUCGGCAGGAGCUACUGUCUCGAAACUUUGUGGAGCUGGACCCGGAGUCCCGAUCAGAUUUUGACUUGAAGUGGGGGCCGCGAGUGAAGGUGGACUGGAAGACCCUGUCGCCGCCAAAGCUCGUCAACCAUUUCGAGUGUGACUCCGAGCUGACUACAAAGUCAGGCUUGGCUGAGAAUCUGCAGGCAGCUUCCAGCCCAGUUGAUUCCAGAAGCUUCUACCCGGCAUGCUUCCCCCUGGACAAAGCGUCGGCGCUGCAGGAGUUUGCCCUGGAGUUUAAAUACUCCAAGGCUUGCUGCGUGCUGAAGGAGUGGCUGAGCCAUCAAGACAAGACUGCGAAGGAGACCUUCCAAGAAGGCGUCGUUCGCACGGCUUUGAGGGUGGUGAAGCGGCGGUUGGCGGACAUCGACGCCAAGCUUUAUAGUGACACGAACGAGGCUGAACAGGUGGAUUUCCGCGUCAAGCGCAAGGAGUGGGACAUUCUCUUGGCUGCUGACUUUGAUGCGCCUCAAAACAAUGUGGCUUCCAGCGAUUGGCAGCACGAGAAGCUGCGGCGAAAGCUGUUGAAUGAGAAGAACAAGCAGUUCAUCGAGCAGUACGACAGGAAGCUACAGCAGCUUGCUGAACAGGUGAAGGUGAAGAAGCGCCGCAGUACGAAAAAACUGAAGGAGCCAGAGGAGGAAAAGAUGCCAACCGAGACUGGGCCCUUGGAGGAAGACGAGCAAGAGGACAAGGAAGACAUCGACCCUGAGGAGGAAGAAACCUCCGAACCUCUGGAAGAGCCAACGGGCAGCGAGCUGCGGCAAGAAGUGGAAGAGGUCGUGGAGUCUUUGAAGCAGCACCCGCAGUUCGACCUGAACCAGCGCAAUGUUUGGAUCCUGAAGCCCGCCAACAGCCUGCGUGGACACGGCAUCAUCGUGGAAAAUGAUCUGGACAGGAUCUUCCAACAAGCACGCAACAAGACGUGCACGUACGUGUGUCAGAAAUAUAUCGAGAAUCCUUUGCUGAUCGGCGCUCGGAAGCAUGACAUCCGACAGUGGGUCCUGGUGACCUCCUUGAAUCCGCUGACGAUCUACUUCUACAGCGAGUGCUACAUUCGCAUUGCAGCGAACGAGUACACUCUGGACGACUUUGCAGACCGCUUCACGCACCUGACACACACGAUCAUCAUGAAGCACCAUCCGAACUAUAACCCGGACGAUGAAGACUGGCGCUGCCAAUGGACCCAGGAGAGAUACCGGCGGCUCUUGCAUGAGUCGUCUGGUCGGGAUGUCUGGACCGAGAAGGUGCGGCCGGCCAUGCAGCAAGUGGUCAUUGCCUCGUUGCAGAGCGUGGCCGAGGUCUUGUCCAGGCCACAAAACUCCUCCUGCAGCUUUCAGCUUUUCGGCUAUGACUUCAUGGUGGAUGCAGACUACAACGUCUGGUUGCUGGAGGUCAAUGACAUUCCGCUCAUGCAGGCAUGUGGGCCGGUGACCAGCCGUCUAUGCGAUUCUUGUGUCCGCGAUGCAAUCAGCGUGGUCAUUGAUGGGCCCGGUCCAGACAGGCGUGAGCCUGCCGAGCAGGGCACUCUGAAGUUUGAGCUCAUCCAUGAAGGACCAAAGAUCCCCAAGCUUCCUGGGCUCCAUGCCGGCGUGGACCUGUCCAUCGAGGGCCAGAAGGUCAGCUUGCCAAAGAAGGCAGCAGGCACACCGCAGCCUUCUCCACACAGCCUGGUUCGACUCAGUGCCCGGCGGGUGCAGGAGCUUCAAGACUUGGUUGACCGGAGGCGUCAUCGCGAAGACCAGGAAGUCCAGAAGAAAGCCCGCCAGCAACGACUGCGGCGGCUCCUGGCUAAGAAACUCCUCGGUCCGAAAAGCACGUCAUCCCCUUGUUUGAACGACUGGAAGGCCAUGCAGUCGGACGGAGAUGAGCCAGCAGCCAUGGUCGUUGAUGGAGGCCAACCUCCGUCGUCGCGCCACACCUGA